UUGGUCAACAUUAAGUGACGAUGAAAAAGCAAGAUGGAAUAACAAAGCUAUGUUGCAGCGCAAUAGCUGUUUUCCUCUUACGAAGGAGGAGAAACAGUUAAAAUCUAAGAAGUUACUUAAACAAUUAACUAAAGUUGUGGAGGAGUUAGCAAAUCUGGGCAAUGAGGUUAUUGCUGUUACUUGUCUGGCUCAGGGUGGUGCUCCAGUAAUAACUGCUUCUGAAAAAGGAUGUCAAUUUUUACUCCAUUCAGAAGAUUUAAACUUUCAAUUUAAAUUUGCUAAAUUUUUGCAAGCUCCUCUUGUUAAUAAUAAAAUUGUUGAAAAAAAUGAUCUUUGCAUUAAAGCGGCAGACAUUUUGAACCAAAAAUAUGAAAUUAGUCGCCUAAAGUUGCCAAAACAACUGCAGCAAAAAUUUAGAAAAGGACAUAUCCCUUACAAGAAGUAUGUUCCUGAUGUUAUUAGUGCACAGGGUUUUCCUGAAGGACAAGUCUUAAAAUAUCCAUCAUCAAUGGGAAAAAGCUUAUUAGCUAGUAUUGUUGAAAACCCAAAUAAAAUUGAAAUCAAUUUUGAUUUAGAGAAUUUGUUGCGCAUGGAAUCUAUCUGUUCAACUACAACAGUAGAGAAUAACCAAUCAUUGACGCCAUCUUCUUUGAUAAAUGCAGAAGCAUCUUCGAAAGAUAUAGAUUUUGAUAUUCAACCUCUUAGAAUAUUGCACUCAAAUAAGACAGAAUCAUUUUUUUCAAAUAAUGAAGUUACAAUGAAAUCAAAUGAAGUUAAUGUGGAUCGCAAACUUAUUUGUUUAGGGGAUCUUUCAUCCAUUGAACUAAGUAACAAUUUUUUAUAUAUUUGAGAUUAGAGAGUAUUACAUCAUCAUUUGU